GUAAUAACUACGGUGAUUCCAAUCAUCGAAGGAAGUAUCGGUAAUAGUAAAUGCGUUUCGGGAGGAAUCCCUUUUAUAAACCUCGAUCAUUUCACGAACGGCACGAUUGUGCCCGGUAACCUAGAUAUCUACUACGGUGUACGCCCCGAGCAACUUGAUCGACGGGUUCGCGACGAGCUGAGCGGCUAUAUUAUUCCUUCGACACAGGAAGACCUUCCUAUAGUGCCGAAUUUCUUCCUGGCUGUGAAAGGGCCGGAUGGAUCAGCUGCUGUGGCGAAAAGGCAAGCUUGUUAUGACGGGGCAUUGGGAGCGAGAGGUAUGCUCCUCCUGCAGUCAUAUGGGCAAGAUGAACCAAUAUUUGACAACAAUGCUUACACUAUUAUAUCAACAUACCACGACGGUACACUUAAGAUAUACACCAUCUACCCUGGCCGGCCCGCUAGUCUAGGAGGUCGACCUCAAUUUUAUAUACAUCAAGUCAAUACUUGGGGCAUGACUGGCAAUGAUGAAACCUACCGACAAGGAGCCACUGCCUAUAGAGAGGCCAGAGCCUGGGCAAAGGAGUAGAGGGACCGAGCAAUCACGCAGGCGAACGAGAGAGUAGGUGACAGUCAAUCUACGGCACUGGCAGCCGAUGCAUGUUUUGAGCAAGUCUACAGCUUCACCAAUGAGCCUGAAUUGGAUGAAACCAAUGUGACCGAAACGCUUAGCCAAGAGUCCCGAAUCUCGCUGAGCACCGAUUCUAACACAACUAUUGGGCUCCACGAAUCUGAAGUCUUAGCGGAUGAGCCCUUUUCGAAUAGAAUAUCCACCAAACGCCUCAACAGACGUUCCCAGCAAUAUUCUCCGCCCCAGAGGAAGCGACAGAAUGCCGGUGACUCUGAUCACGAUGUACAA